AUGACUGGCGGACAGUCUUGCAAUAGUAAUAUGGUGGUUUGGAUACCAGAUGAGAAGGAUGUUUUCAUAAAAGGGGAACUAAGGAAUACCGAUAUUAUCAAGAAUAAGUUUACAGGACAGGAAGAACAAAUAGGAAUUGUUCGGCCGCUAAAUUCGACAGAGGCUUCGAAUCUAGUACAAGUGCGAAUAUCCAGCGUAUUCCCGGUCAAUCCAUCAUCUUUUGACAAAGUAGAGAAUAUGUCGGAGCUAACUCAUUUGAAUGAGCCUUCCGUGCUUUAUAAUCUGGAAAAAAGAUACGAUUCUGACCUAAUUUACACGUAUUCCGGCCUUUUUUUGGUCGCGAUCAACCCUUAUCACAAUUUGAAUUCAUAUUCCGAGGAUCAUAUAAGCUUAUACCACAAUAGUCAUAACCAAUCAUUCAAAAAUGGCCCGAAAACCGAUUCUAAUGGAAAAUUACCACCACACAUUUUUGCCAUUGCUGAAGAAGCCUACGGAAACCUUUUAUCUGAAGGCAAAGACCAAUCCAUUUUAGUCACGGGAGAAUCUGGUGCAGGUAAGACGGAAAACACGAAGAAGAUCCUGCAAUAUCUAGCGUCUAUAACCUCUGCUUCUUGUUCCAGUAUAGCGCCUGCUAAUAGCAAUUCCAUUAUAGAAAGCUUCGAAAUGAAAAUCCUACAAAGUAAUCCCAUUUUAGAAUCGUUUGGUAAUGCUCAAACAGUGCGAAACAACAACUCUUCCAGGUUUGGCAAAUUCAUAAAGAUCGAAUUCAAUGAACAUGGUAUGAUCAACGGUGCGCAUAUUGAGUGGUACCUGCUCGAAAAAUCGAGAAUCGUAUAUCAAAAUACAAAGGAAAGAAACUAUCACAUAUUUUAUCAGUUAUUAUCUGGGUUAGAUGAUUCUGAAUUGAAAAACCUAUGUCUCAAAUCCAGAAACAUAAAAGAUUACAAAAUUUUAUCAAACUCUAACCAAGAUAUUAUACCAGGAAUUAAUGAUGUUGAAAAUUUUAAACAGCUGCUGUCAGCUCUGAAUAUCAUUGGAUUCUCAAAAGACCAAACAAAGUGGAUAUUCCAAGUGGUAGCAAUCAUUCUAUUAAUCGGUAACAUUGAGUUUGUCUCAGAUAGAGCAGAACAAGCCUCCUUUAAAAACGAUGUCAGCGCAAUUUGCAGUAAUUUGGGUGUAGACGAGAAAGAUUUUCAGACUGCCAUUUUAAGACCCAGAUCAAAAGCUGGCAAAGAAUGGGUUUCACAGUCCAAAAAUUCUCAUCAGGCUAAAUUCAUCUUGAAUGCAUUAUCGAGGAACCUUUAUGAACGACUUUUCGGAUAUAUUGUAGAUAUGAUCAAUAAGAAUUUGGACCAUGACAGCACUACUUCAAAUUAUAUUGGUUUGUUAGAUAUUGCUGGUUUUGAAAUUUUCGAAAAUAACUCCUUUGAACAGCUAUGUAUCAACUAUACAAACGAAAAACUACAGCAAUUCUUCAAUAACCAUAUGUUUGUUUUGGAGCAAAGUGAAUAUCUAAAGGAAAAUAUUCAAUGGAACUAUAUCGAUUAUGGUAAAGAUUUGCAAUUGACAAUCGAUUUAAUAGAAAACAAAGGCCCACCAAGUGGUGUGCUCCCGUUGUUGGAUGAAGAAGCUGUUCUGCCCAAAUCCACUGACGAGUCAUUCUACUCUAAACUGAUCUCCACUUGGGACCAAAACUCACCCAAGUUCAAACGUUCAAAAUUGAAAAAUGGGUUCAUUUUGAAACAUUAUGCUGGGGACGUAGAAUACACUGUUGAAGGCUGGUUAUCCAAAAACAAAGAUCCACUAAACGACAACAUUUUAUCCUUGCUCUCUACCUCACGGAACAGUAUUAUUUCCAAGCUUUUCCACUUGGAGGGUGAAAAAUCUCCUAGAGCUGGCCAAGAAACCAACAUAUCAACUCAAGAACUAAAAAGAUCAACUAGAACAAAUACCUUCAAGACUACGUCUUCACGCCAUAGAGAACAACAGAUAACAUUGCUUAAUCAAUUAGCCUCCACUCACCCACAUUUCGUUCGUUGUAUAAUUCCAAAUAAUGUGAAAAAAGCGAAAACAUUUGACAGGAAAUUGAUCCUGGAUCAAUUACGCUGCAAUGGUGUUUUGGAGGGUAUCAGACUCGCCAGAGAAGGUUACCCAAAUAGAAUAGCAUUCCGUGAAUUUUUUCAGCGGUAUAUGAUCUUAUAUCCUGAAAAUUCAAACUCUGCAUCAUUCAGUUCUAAGUUGAAAGCUAACACCAAAAAAAACUGCGAAUUCCUUCUAUCAUCCUUGCAGUUGGAUACAAAUGUUUAUAAGAUUGGUAAUACGAAGCUUUUUUUCAAAGCUGGGGUGUUAGCUGAUCUAGAAAGACAAAAAGAUACUAAACUGAACCAUAUUAUGGUUAAACUAAUCGCAACCAUACGAAGCUAUGGCGUAAGGAAAGAAAUAACAUACCAUUUACAAAAAUUAAAGAAUGCAAGGGUGCUUGGUAAUACUUUUAGAUUAUACAAUCAACUGGUAAAAGAAGAUCCCUGGUUUAACUUAUUCAUCAGGAUAAAACCUCUUUUAAUAUCAUCGAACGAUAUGUCAAGAACCAAAAAAUUCAAUGAUCUAAUUAUCAAAUUAAAGAAUGACCUUCAGGAAAUGGAAUCCAAGAAAAAGUUUUUGGAAGAAAAAAAUCAGAAGACCAUUAACGAAUUGAAAGAUACUCAAGAAUUGCUGAGCCUGGAAAAAGAAAAUUUAAAAAAGAAUGAGAGCUUACUGAAUAGAGUUAAAUCUAGUUCAGAAACAUUACAGAAACAAUUUGACGACACUGUAUUGGAAAAGAAUGAAAUUAGUAAACAAAAAUUACAAAUUAUGCAAAAUCUAGAAAAAGCUGAGCAAAUAAUUCAAGAUCUGCAAGAGUCCAUCAAAGAACGAGAAACAGCCCUAGGAAACUUACGCUCAAAGAACGACGAGCUAAUAAAGCAAAUAUCAAAUUUGAAUUAUGAUAUUUCUAAGGAGCAAAAUUCUCAAUCACUAAUUAAGGAAUCUAAAUUGAAACUGGAAAGUGAAAUAAAGAGAUUGAAAGGUGUUAUAAACUUGAAAGAGAAUGAGAUAAAUUCAUUCGAUAAAAAACUAAGCAGCUCAGAAGAAGAUUUAGAUAUCAAAUUAGUUACUUUGGAGAAAAAUUGCAAUAUUGCAAUGUCAAGGCUUCAAUCUCUGGUAGCAGAGAACUCAGAUUUGCAUUCAAAAAACGACAAUUUUAAGAAGGAAAAAGCUAUGCUAAAUACUCAACUUAAAAACAAGGAAAAUGAAUUGAAGAAGAUGAAAGAAAAGAUAGACAACCACCAAAAGGAGCUAGCUAUUUUUUCCAAGCAAAGAGAUGACGCAGUCAAUGAACAUGAAAAAAUCACUGCUGAAUUAAAGGAGACCAGAAGCCAGCUUACAGAGUAUAAGUCUAAAUGUCAGAUGAUUAAAGAUGAAUAUUCCAAUUUCCAAAGACAAAUAAAGGAAAAGGAACAGAAGAAAAGGGAUAGUUUAAUUGGAUCUCUAAAUGAUAAUAAAAUUAAAGAAUUAGAAGCUCGCCUAUCGCAAGAAAUAUCAUUGAAUCAGUACUUGAAUAAAAGAAUAUCGGAUGGAUCCGCAGAAUCAAGUAGUCCGUCAACAAGGCGUUCCAUAUCGUACGCCGAUGGCUCACUUGACAAAGAAGAUGUAAUGAAAAAAUAUUAUGACCUUCAGUUAGCAUUCACUGAGAUGACCAAAAAUCUAGAGAAUGAAAUUGAAGAGAAGAAGAAUUUGAUUUCUAGGCUAAGGUUUACUGAAACAAGACUAGCAUCUUCGUCAUUCGAAGAUCAAAAAAUCAGAGCUCAGAUGAAGAAAUUGAAAAAAAUAGUUCAGGAUAUGGACCCUAAUAUUCAAUUAGAUAGUAUUCUAGAGAAUUCAUCAAACCGUUCUUCAGGUAGUGAAUCCGACAUUAACAAAUUAAUGAUGGAAGUCGAAUAUCUGAAGAGACAAUUAGAUAUCGAAACAAGGGCUCAUUGUGAUGCAGAAAAUGUCAUAUCUGCCUUACAUAGCAAAUUUAGAAAGAUUCAAGGGGAGGAUUCCUUGUCACCUUCAGAUAUUUAUAAAAUAAAGUUCGAAGCCAGUGAGGAGAGAGUAAAAUCUCUGGAAGACAAGCUAAAAACCAUGCCUUUGCGUGAUCGAACUAAUUUGCCUGUAGGUGAUAUCAUAAAGAACCGUGACAGCAUAUCAAAAUACGAAGAAGAAAUCCGAUAUUAUAAACUUGAGAAUUACAAGUUUCAGGAAAUAUUAAACGAGUCUAACGGCAAAUUGAGCCAACUCGCCCUUGAUUUGAGGCAAUCGAAGUCCAAAGAAGUCUUACUUAGUGAACAAUUAGACAGAUUACAAAAAGAUUUUGAAUCUACAGAACGUCAAAAAGAACUACUUUCAUCCACCAUAAAGCAACAGAAACAACAAUUUGAAGACUGUAUGGAUGAUCUACAAGGUAACGAGUUACGGCUAAGGGAGCAUAUUCACGCACUUAAACAAGCUGAAGAGGACGUUAAAAGCAUGGCAUCUAUCAUUGAAAAAUUGAAAACUCAAAAUAAGCAAAAGGAAAGACUGAUCUGGGAGCGUGAAAUGGAGAGAAAUGACUCAGACAUGCAAUUACAGGAAACGUUGCUAGAGUUGAAAAGAGUUCAAGAUGUGAAAAAAAUUCUAAGUGAUGAUUUGACCCAUUUGAAAGAACGAUUGGGCGCGGUAGAAGAUAGAUCUCAAUAUACAGAUGAGAUCAACAGGUUGAAGGAAGAAUUGAACUGCGCUUUAAAAACUGAAACAAAUUUGAAAAAAGAAUUCUCAACCCUUAAGUACAAGUUGGAGACCUCUAAUAAUGAUUCCGAGGCCAAAAUUUCCGAGUUGUUGAAGCAGCUUGAUCAUUAUACAAAAGUGGUAGAAAUGUUAAAUAAUGAAAAAGAUGCAGUCUCUCUUGGGGAAAAAGAACUUUAUCAAAGAUACGAGGCCGUGAGUACUGAAUGCCAAUCACUUAAAAAAACGAUAGGGUCCUUGACAAAAACUAAAGAGGAAUUAGAAUCUGAUUUGAAUCAAAAGACCGAAGCACUAGAGUUAUCAAAUGCAGCAUUCUCAAAGUCUGUUCGUGAGAAUAAAGAAAUUUCAGAAAAAAUCCAAUACUUGGAAGAAACAUUGAAGUUACAAAUGGAGCAAAAUGCAAGGAACGGGGAAUUGGUUAAAAAAUUGCAGAGUAGUUGUAGUGAAUAUAGAGAAAAAUUUGACGAUGAAAAACAGAAAAACAUCCACUUGUUUGAAGAAAAUCAAACCUUACAAAAGUUCAAUACCGACUUACAGUCUCAUAUAGAGAAUUUGCAAGAUAGGCUGUCGGACACUACUGAAAAAAAUGCAUGGUUAGCAAAGAUUCAUGAGUUAGAAAAUCUAGUGAGUCAAGAAACGGAUUUAAAGUAUGAAGAAAUGAAAAGGAACAAAAAUUUGGAGAGGAUAGUAGGAGAAUUACAAAAUAGGAACUCUCAACAAACAGAUGUCAUAGGACUAGCUAACAAGAACAGAAGCGAAUUUGAAGAAACCGCUCUGAAAUAUGAGGCACAAAUUUCUGAAUUAGAGAAAUAUAUAUCUCAGCAAGAACUUAACAUGAAGAAAUCCCUUCGAGAUAAUUCUUCAUACCACGAUAAAAUGCAAGAAAUGUCACAAGAAAUUGAAUUUUGGAAAACCCGUUAUGAAUCUACCAUGAUAGGAUCAAAAAAUAUGGAUGGCAACUCACAGGGACAAGUUUUUACUUGA